ACCGGAAGUAAUAUAUUUGGCGGAUGAUUUAAAAAAUUGUCAACAUUCUUCUACCAGAAUGGCUGGUGAUGAACAAUCAUUUCAGUUUCCUCCUCUAGAAAUACAUGAGAUUGUUCGUCAACUCAGAAGUAUUGGCAACAUUUUAACUGAGGAAAAUGACUUCAAAAGACCAGAUCCUAACAGAUGGGCAAAGCUUUACCCACAGAUUCUAGAAGCUUUAACAGGUGUACCAUAUGAAAGUAUGUUACAGAAUUCCUUAAAUUUUGCAUCAUUUGAAUAUCCAGAACUUUCAGAGGAAUCAAUCCCAGCAUUUGUACUAUCUCUAGCAUUAUCUAGAGUAUUAGGAUCAUGUGGAAUAAAGAACUUCAGUAUAGCAGAUAUACAUGAACCAAAAACUUCAAGAUUGAGGAGGAUUUGCAGUGCUGUUGUUAACUUUAUAUUGUUUAAAGGACAACAGUGUGAUGUGUACAGAAAUCUACGAGAGGAAACUGAAAGUUCUGUUAAAGAGUUUGAACAUGUGGUGAAGAUGAACGAUGAACUAAAAAUGAAAAUUAAUGCUAUAAAAUCUGUUAGAGCUGAGCAAGAACCAGAAAUAAUCAGGGUACAACAAGACAUACAGGCCAGAACUGUUACCAUGAAUGAAAUGGACAAAGUUAAGAAUGAGAAACUAAAGGGCAUUAGUGAAAUAAAGGAGGCUGUAGCAGAGAAACAAGCAAAUACUGAAAAGAUAAGGGUAAUGACACUUAAAACAAAAGAAGAAAUGGACAGAUUAUCACAGAAAAUUGUGCAGUCACCUGAGAGAGUGAGAGAAGGUCAGGAAAAUAUGAAACAACAACUGGUCAACAUGAAAUGUGGAAUGGAUAAGAAAUGGGAAUCAUUAGAAGAAAUGAGACAAAGAUUGGAGACUGUGAUUCAGGGCACUACAACAGUGGAUAAAAUGUUAAAGUUAUUGACAGACUUAAAGAAUGACAAAGACAAGGAAAGUGAAAUUUCCAAUGAAAUAAAUCAUAUCGUAGAAAAAAGUCAAGAACAAAGAAUAACAUUGACACAUUUACGUGCCAAGAAAGAUCAAUUACAACAAAUAAUGAAUGGAAAGUUAGAAAAACGGGACAAGCUAGCCUUACAACAUCAAAAUAAACAACAAAGUCUGACAGAGGCUGUUAAUUCUCUACAACAACAGAAAGAAUUUUUCCGACAAAGAUUUGAUACGGAUGAAGCACAAAAAUCUGGUAUAAGAAAACAAGAACAACAAAUUAUAGACAGUAUUAAUGAAGAAUACAGAAAAUUUGAGAGAAAGAAAGAAAUAAUAAUGAGCCUGUAUCAUCAAAUUUUAGAGAGGAUUGACAAUAACCAUAAAGAAUUAGGAAGUGGAUGGGAAGCUUUAUGUGAAGUAAUGCACAAAGUUAUAAAGCAACUGGACAACUGACAGUAGAUUUGAUGGAAUUAUGUUUUGAGAUGACAAUAAGCAUAAAGAACUGGAAAGCUUUAAUAGGUGUCAUGCACAAAGUUUUAAAGCAACAGGACAACUGAUAGUAGACUUGUUCAUUGUAUUUAUUUGAUGUAAUUAUGUUUUGAGAUGACAAUAACCAUAAAGAAUUGGGAAGCUGUAGUGGGUGUCAAGCACCAAGUUUACAGCAACUGGACAAAUAACAGUAGACUUAUUCAAUGAAUAUAUUUCAUUGAAUUGUGCAAUUAUUAUGUUUUGGAAAUGUUAUUGUUUAUAUUUUAAUGAUAACACAGCAAUAGCUGUAGAGUAUCAUAAAAGGCCCAUUCUUUGUAUGUAAUAACCACUGCCAAAUCUCAAAGAAAUUUAGAAAUAGAAGUCUGAUAAUUGGCAAUUUGAAAAAUUGUAUAAUGUUUUUGGAAAGAAACAUUUUGAAUUUAUUUUGAGGAUAAAGAAAAAAAUAUUAGCAAAAAAAGAUAAGAAUUUCAUGAUAUUCAGUUAAGCGGUACGUUCGUUGUAACUCAUACCAUAUUUUCCCAUUUGACCAAUUGUUAGUGCCAAUAACCUCUUAUGAGCAUAAAUGCAACUGCUAAAAAUGAAUUUAGUCUUCAAAACUGAUUUUUAUACUUAGAAAUGUAAAUAUAGAACUGCUGAAACAACACCUCCUAAAUGUCUUGGUGUAAGGUUCCCUUAAGUGGAUACUGAUAGUAUGCAGGUUUGUCAAAUAAAAAUAAUUAACUACCCCUAAAUUGGCAACGACACUGUAACUUUUAUUAGCCUACAUAUUUCACCGAUUAGACUGGUGACUUAAAGACGAUGAUACAGAAGGGUGAUGGUAUCAUGUAUGUGAUGUCAUAACUGCAUUAUCUUGUUUGUGUUGUUAUAUGUAUUUUAUAUGUUAUACAAUGAAAAUAAAAAAAUAAAAAUUCAGAAUUCAUC